AUGGCUAUCCUCCCCCAUCAUCCCUCCCCUGCCCGUACCAAUUCAAAGAUGAAGGUGGUUACGCAGGAAGAAAUGGACGCGCACAUGCGCGCGACCAUCGUUGGUGGCGCAAAGGGCUUCACGGGCGGGCUCGCUGUCGCCCUUCCAAUAUCCUAUGCGCUCAAUCGUCGCUGGGGCUACUAUCGCCAGCUGCCGCCAUCCUUAAAGGCAUUUGGCGUGAUUAUGGUCGCCGUCCCUUCCUUUGUUAUCAGCGCUGAGCGUGCUGGACUCCGAUUUGAGAAGGAGCACUGGACGGAUCUAGGGAAGGAGGAGCUAGACGCGAAGGUGGCGCGCGAGCAGGCGCGCUGGGAAUCCCUCAGUCUAUCCCAGAAAGCCCGUGAUGUCGCUGCAAGACACGAGUACGGCUUCAUUGGAGGUGCAUGGGCCGCGACCAUGCUCGGUGCAUUCGGCUACAUUAUGCGCAACCCGUAUCAAACCUUUCCCCAAAAGGUUGUUCAAGCGCGUAUGUGGGCGCAGGGUCUGACAAUAGGCAUCCUCAUUGCGGCCGGUGCUUUGACACACGCAAAGAGGAUGAAGGGAGCCGAGGUGGACGAGCAUGGCCGGCGACACAUCGAGCCUGAUCAUUCAUGGCAAGACAUUAUCGCGCAGGAGGAACAACAUGCCAAAGAGGAGGCCAACAGAAAGGCGCCUCCAGUCGUCUUUAGCGGCAUCGUCCCAUCUUCCCCCCAUCACAACUCCCCUGCUUAUUUACUUGCGCCUCUCUCUCUUCCUCCUUUCCCCCUACGUCAAGCUUCACGCUCGCUAACGUUCACUUGUCAUAUGCACAAACCCCUCAGGUCGGUUUCCAUUGCCGCCUCACUUGUCGGUGCCCUCUUCAAUUUCGUCUGCGCCGCCCGCCUCCUCGCCCUAUGGCGCUCGCUCGGUUGGGAAUCUGAAACGGAGUGGGAGGCUUCAGGCGAUGUCUGGAGAGUCGACAGCGUAAAGAUUGUGUGGGGACUGCUGUCCACCUACUUCGCGGCGGCAGCGCUAGCGUGCUUCGUUGGCCUUGUUGGUCUCACGAAGACUAUCCCCUCCUUUAUUCGCUUCUACCGCGACUACUCCAUCGCCGACAUGGCCUUUGUCACGUUCGGCACUGUCUUCUCAGGGUACACCGCAUUCAGUACCCCUUAUGUUCGCGCGAGUGUAUGCGAAGAACUCUCCCGCCAUCCCGAUCUUAUGCGCGAUCUGGUGGUGUUUGGCGUCAGCUUGGAGAAUUGCGAGCUGUGGUUUGAGCAAGUUGUUGUUGCCGUUGUGGGCAUCAUGUUUAUUCUCAUGGUGGUCAGGCUGCAUACACUCAUUGCGCUUGCCAAGUAUCAUCGAAUUCUCUCGCGAGAUAUCUCAGUCAACAGCAAGUCGCACACAGGCCUUCGCAACCUGAAUACAGAUUCGUUGCAUCGCAUUUACCUUCUACCAACGCCAACAUCACCUCCGUCCGCCUCCUUCUCUUUCAAUCACUUUGACACUGCCACCCACGCUCGUCGGGUUUCAUCGGAUAAUAUUGUCGUGUAUGCCCCUGUGCCUGUGGGCGGCAUGUCUGAACUGGACGCCAGGAAGAUGAACGCGACAGAGGCAUGGAUCCCGUGUCGAUCGGGCUCGGGGGCAGAUUCUGGCUCAAGCUCCCCGCGCUCGCACGGACACAAGCAUACUCGCUCGGCCUCCUCACACUCUCACCGACGCCAUCACUCCGUACCUCGAGUCACUGCGCCGCCGCGGGAGGGCACAUUGGUUGUAGUGGAUGAGAAGGCGGAGCCUCUUUUCCGAUGA